ACUACAAGAAAGGCGGGAACUCGUGAUUGAUAAACAGUUAUGCUUUAACUGUUUUGGCAGGCAUUCUGCUUAUUCAUGUCAAAGCUCAAAAAGAUGUUGAGAAUGCAAUGGGAAGCAUCAUACGAUGAUUCACAUUCCAGAUCAAAAGAAAUUCCAACGCUCAUCCAAGCUCACAAUUAGAUAUCAUCAGUGGAGCGUAUCAUUAUGGACAGCUCUUUAAAGAAUGUUAUGUUCAAGGCACUCACUCAUCACCAACAGCUCUCAAUACCAUUUUUGGCUGGGUUAUCAUCGGUCCUUUCAAAGUCCCAUCAUCUCAACCAAGUUACAAUUAUCAUCUCUCAAUUGAUCAUCAACUCACCGAUCUACAUGAACUUCUCAAAAGGUUUUAGGUACAACAGACCACUCAAUACUAAAAACUCACUUUCACCAGCUGAAUUGGAAUGUGAAAAUCAAUUUCAAGCUACUCAUUCUCAUGACUCAUCAGGAAGAUAUAUCAUUUGGCUACCACUCAAACUCUUUAUCAAGUCUUCUUGGCGACUUAAAUAUCAUUGCUGAACGAUGUCUUCAAUCAUUACUUAGGCGAAUCUCAAAAAAUCAAUCUCUGCACGAUAUGUAUCACUCAUUUCUACAAGAAUAUGAGCACCUCAAUCAUAUGACUCAUGCUCAAUCAACAAACUCAUCAUCACCAAUCUACUACCUACCUCAUCAUGGAAUUCUCAGAGAACAAAGUACAACAACCAAAUUAAGGGUUGUUUUCAAUGGAUCAUCGGUAACCGGCUCAGGGAUUUCACUCAACGACAUUUUACACACUGGGGCGAAACUUCAGAAGGACAUCUCAGAUAUAUUGCUCUGGACCAGGAAGUUCAGAUUCAUCUUCUCAACUGAUAUCACAAAGAUGUUUCGCCAAAUCAAAUUUCAUCCACUUUAUUGGGAUUUACAACGAAUCUUGUGCGUAAACAAGGAUCAAGAAGAGGUACCAUAUCAACUCACCACAGUCAGCUACGGUACAAAAUCAGCACCAUUUUUAUCAGUCAGAGCAAUUCUACAACUCACUGAGGACGUAGGUCAUGAUUUUCUUCUAGCGGUACGAGUUAUCAAAUAUGGAAGAUAUGUGGAUGACAUUUACGGAGGAUCGGAUCAAUUAGAUGAAAUCAUUCUCAUAGCUCAACAAGUGAAAGGUCUUGUCAAUCGCGGUCGAUGCUCACUGGCAAAGUGGCAAAGUAAUCAUCCAGAAUUAAUCAACCUCACUUCACCAAAGACAUCUCUGAAAAAACUUACUCGUUUGAAGACAACAUCACAAAGGUACUUGAUCUCUAAUGGUGUACUCAAAAUGAUUGUUUCAAAUUCACCACUCAACCAUCAUUUCAAUCAUCGAAACGGAUGGAUCUCAAAAAGGAUCAUAUUAUCAGAAGUGGUUCAACUAUUUGAUCCUCUAGGAUUUCUUUCACCUUUCACUGUUCGUGCCAAGAUGUUAUUACAGGAGCUCUGACUUAAAAAGGUCGAAUGGGAUGACUCACUAUCAGAAUCAACUAUAAAAAAAUAGCUCAAAUUCAAAGAGGAAUUUUCUCAACUCUCAUCAAUCUCAAUACCAAGGUGACUUAAUCUCACUCCUUCAUCAAUGGUAGAACUCCAUGGCUUUUCGGAUGCAUCUCAUCUAGCAAUGGCGGCGGUAAUUUUCAUCAAGGUUACUAUCUCAGGACUCGAACCAUAACUCAAUCUCAUCUGUGCAAAAACCAAGGUUGGAACUCUCGGCAGGGCAAUUUUUAACUCGUCUCAUGGCUUACACUCAACGGACGCUGGAUUUAUCUCAUGCAUCAAUUUUUAUGUGGACGGACUCACAGGGAUUCAAAGUCAACCCUUAAAAUGGAAGGAUUAUGUACAGAACAGGGUCUCAUUCAUACAAGAUCAUUUACCUCAUGUUCAAUGGCGGUUUUUCAAAGGAACAGAAAAUACAGCGGAUUGUGCAUCUCGGGGAUUGGCAAUCUAUAAACUCAGGGAUCAUAUUUUUUGGUAGAAUGGACCACCAUGGUUAAAGGAGUCAUCGGAUCAUUGGCCAUCCCCUAAGGUUAAGGAAAAUUACUCUUGUCAGCUCAACUUGAAGAGCGGCUAGGACUCCCUCAGGGUAUAUCAACAGAUCCUCAUUCUCACCUGUGGAACAUCAAUUUGCAUCAGGGUCAUCAAUCAUCUCAAGCAAAUUCCACAAUCACAACUUGGAUAUCCUAUCACUCCUGGCAAUCAUGGCAACACACAAAUACACUUACAAAAUCAGGACGCGCGCAACACACACAACCAACGCGCUGCGUGUACGCACAUUUAGCAUUCUCAUAGCAAUCAACCGAAAAAGUCGUUCUCACCAUCAUUUUGCAGUAAGCGAGCAUUAAUCUCAAAAACAAUAAACUUAAACAUUUAUCACGGUAUAUCUCAUUAUCGGAUCAUUCUGAUUCUUUUCGGUGUUCUCAAUUUUAUUAAAUAACGUUUCGGCAACUUUCAAAACAAUUAAACUUUUGUGCUUGACCUUAGCGUGGUCACGCCAUUUUUGUUCAUUGUAUACUACAUUUGUAAUUCAAAAUAAAGUGUGGAAAUUAAA